AUGUUUGUCCUCAGGAACGUUGGCAAACUCAUCUUUGGAUCUAGCAACCAAGAAUCCCUUAUCGAACUCCCUCAAGGACAGCUUUACCUUGUCCGCCCUCUGUCGCCCAAGGGCUACUCUGAACUCAUCUUUAAGGACGCCGCCGCUCGAAUUCGACGCACCGCGCAAGACUUUCAAUACCAGCUCGUGGUACAGAGAGUCUACGAAGAAGGCGAGGCUGAACUUUUGGCUGAGGAGGAAGGAGAAGACGCCGAGAUUGACGCACUUGCCGCCGCCGAGAGGGACGAGAAGACUUUCCUGCUCGACGAGGCCCUCCAUUUCCGAGUCGAGAUCCGAGAAGGCACCGAGAAGGUUCUUGCGUGGAGAGACCUGAGCGGUGACACGGGCGACGUUUACGAAUUCAUUUGCGACAACAUUGUGUCCUCUGGUCAAGUCGCGCAAUUCGAGCGCACCGCCAAGGAGUGCCAGUACGAGCGCAAGUACCGCAAACCACACACGACCGCCUCCGACUUUGACCUCAAGCAGUUUGAGUUCCAGGACGAGCACCCCAUACCGCCCGCGAGUCCGAUUCACAGCCCGACUCUCGUGCGAUCGAUCGAAUCAGCCGACGGCCUGUUCGUGCCUCAAAGCCCCAUCGGCACGCCCACCAAGAAUCAAGAGGAAUCUCUUGUGCAGACUCCAAUGAAGACGCCUUCCAAGAUGCCGGUCACGCCCGAGAAGCGCAAGACGGCCAGCCCGCCUAAGUCUGAAUUGGCCCCUCAAGCCCUAAGCACAUACGCUACUGAACAGAGCGAACUGCACUUCUUCGACUUCCCAUCUGGUGCUUUUGUCCAGCAAGACGCCUCUGUCACUGCCACCGUUACCGAGGUCGGCAAAUGGAAGUAUUGGCUGCAGAUCGAGAGUAAGGAAAAGAUCUGGCUUGGCAUUCCGAUUGUCGCCGACAUCAACCCUGUCUUCAACUUUGAGUUUUUGUCUUUCAUCUUCAACCACUUCGCCUCCGAUGGAUCAGCAUACUCCUGGCUGCUGCGAUUCAAAGACCAGCCGGCGCUGGAGCGUUUCCAGGAUGCCCUUCUUCGCGCGCUCUGGGAGCAGCUGAACGAGACCAAGUGGGAGAAGAUCAAGGAGAAAGAGCAAGAAUAUGUCACGGAUGCCUUCAACGAUUUGACCAUGGAAGAUACCCCGGAGGAGGAGGAAGAAGAAGAAGAAGAGGAGUACGAGGACGCUGAGGAAAACGACAAGGCUUGUGCGCAGCGCAGCGAGCACUACGAUAGUGACGAGGAUGGAGACGAUGUCGAGACCGACGACGAAGAUGGUAUCGUCAACUCCCAACUUGCUGUCGGCUACAAGCACGACCGUUCUUUCGUCGUUCGCGGAUCCAAAAUCGGUGUCUUUAAGCACACGGCAGACAACAACGUUGAGUUCUCGACCAAUAUUUCUAAGGUCGAAACCCCUGAGGGCGUGCUGUUCAGCCCGAAGAAGAUGAUGCUUCACAACGAGGAUCGCAACAUGGUCCUGCAGAACGAGCGGGAUGCCAACAAACUUUAUCGCAUGGAUCUCGAAUACGGUAAAAUUGUCGACGAGUGGAAGGUGCACGAGGACAUUCCCAUUCUCAAUUUCGCCCCGGAGAACAAAUUUGCUCAGAUGACCCACGAGCCAACCUUCCUCGGUAUCUCGAAGAACGCUCUUUACCGUGUCGAUCCCCGUCUGUCCGGUAACAAGUUGGUCGAUUCCCAGUUGAAGCAAUAUGUCUCAAAGAACGAAUUCUCGGCCGUCGCCACCACCGAGAAGGGUUACAUCGCCGUCGCUUCCAACAAGGGUGAUGUUCGUCUCUUCGAUCGUCUUGGCAUCAACGCCAAAACUCACAUUCCCGCUCUUGGAGAGCCGAUCAUUGGUCUUGACGUAUCUGCUGACGGCCACUGGAUUCUCGCGACCUGCCGGACGUACAUCCUGCUUAUUGACGCGAUGCAGAAGUCUGGCAAGAAUGAGGGCAAGCUCGGUUUCGAGAAGUCUUUUGCGGCCAGCGAAAAGCCUCAGCCGCGCCGUCUAGCCCUCACACCCGAACACGUUGCUCAAUUUGCCCACGAGACCGGAAAGCCCGUUUCGUUCACGCCGGCGCGCUUCAACACCGGCGAGGGCAUCGAGGAAACGAGCAUCAUCACGGCCACUGGACCCUACAUUGUUGAGUGGACCUUGAAGAAGGUUCUUCGCGGCAUCAAGGGCGCCUACCGAAUCAAGCGCUACGCCGAGGAGGUCAAGGCCGACGACUUCAAGUUCGGAACAGACAAGAAUGUCAUCGUCGCUCUCCCUAACGAGGUCAACAUGGUCGGCAGACAGGGCCUCAAGCGUCCCACUCGUGAGAGCAUUGCCGGUAACUUCGCGCAGCUCAGCUUGGGUCGCAGAGACUCCGGACGCAUCAGCACGCCGAAGAGCGGUCGCUACAAGCUUGGUAAGGAGGACGUUGUGGCAUCGCCCUACUGA